GGUCUCCAGUCUACACACUCCCCUCUCCACUCCAUCGCUACGAACCCCACCCAGGACCCGGGAGCACUUCAGCUAAAGGACCACCAUGAACACCAUGCUGAUCCACUGCCUCUUCCUGGGGCUGGCCCUGGCACUCAGCCACUCCGCCCCACCGAACCUGGAUAUGAUGAUGGCAGAUAUGGGCCAUGAUCACUCUCACGAUGGCCAUGAUCACGCUCACGAUGGCCAUGAUCACGCUCACGAUGGCCAUGAUCACGCUAGCGAAGGUCAUGCUCACGUUCACGACGGUCAAGAUCACGUUCACGGUGUCACUGGUCAUGAUCACGUUCACGAUGGUCAUGUUCACCACCACGCCGACCAUGAACAUGUGGCUCAGAUUGACCGCUGUGAGGCUGUUGAGUUUGAUGCCAUCGUGCCGGACGCUAGUGGAGUCCCCCUCUUCUUCAAAGGGGACUUCAUGUGGAGGGGCUUCCAGGGACCCUCUGAGCUGAUCAAUGGCUCCUAUAAGGAACUGAUUGAGCAACACGCGGAGCUGGGUAAAAUCAACGCUGCGCUAAGCAUGAUCGCCGCGGAUUCUGACAAGCACGUCUUCUUCUUACUGAAUGACAAGGUGUUCAGCUACCAUGACCAGACCCUGGAAGCGGGCAAUCCCAAGGCCUUCUCUGAGGUAUUCCCCGGGAUCCCGAACCACGUCGACGCGGCUGUGGAGUGUCCCAAGGGAGAGUGCGUGCGAGACACCGUCAUUUUCUUCAAAGGCUGUGAGGUCUUCCACUACGAAACCCAAACCAAGAUGGUGAAGUCCAGCCACUGGACCCACAUGCCCAACUGCACCUCCGCCCUGCGCUGGCAGAACAACUACUACUGUUUCCACGGGAACCAGUUCACCAAGUUCCACCCAGUCACCGGCAGCGUGACCGGCACCUACCCCAAAGACGCGCGCGACUACUUCAUGAAGUGCCCACCGAACCUGGAUAUGAUGAUGGCAGAUAUGGGCCAUGAUCACUCUCACGAUGGCCAUGAUCACGCUCACGAUGGCCAUGAUCACGCUCACGAUGGCCAUGAUCACGCUAGCCAAGGUCAUGCUCACGUUCACGACGGUCAAGAUCACGUUCACGGUGUCACUGGUCAUGAUCACGUUCAUGAUGGUCAUGUUCACCACCACGCCGACCAUGAACAUGUGGCUCAGAUUGACCGCUGUGAGGCUGUUGAGUUUGAUGCCAUCGUGCCGGACGCUAGUGGAGUCCCCCUCUUCUUCAAAGGGGACUUCAUGUGGAGGGGCUUCCACGGACCCUCUGAGCUGAUCAAUGGCUCCUAUAAGGAACUGAUUGAGCAACACGCGGAGCUGGGUAAAAUCAACGCUGCGCUAAGCAUGAUCGCCGAGGAUUCUGACAAGCACGUCUUCUUCUUACUGAAUGACAAGGUGUUCAGCUACCAUGACCAGACCCUGGAAGCGGGCAAUCCCAAGGCCUUCUCUGAGGUAUUCCCCGGGAUCCCGAAACACGUCGACGCGGCUGUGGAGUGUCCCAAGGGAGAGUGCGUGCGAGACACCGUCAUUUUCUUCAAAGGCUGUGAGGUCUUCCACUACGAAACCCAAACCAAGAAGGUGAAGUCCAGCCACUGGACCCACAUGCCCAACUGCACCUCCGCCCUGCGCUGGCAGAACAACUACUACUGUUUCCACGGGAACCAGUUCACCAAGUUCCACCCAGUCACCGGCAGCGUGACCGGCACCUACCCCAAAGACGCGCGCGACUACUUCAUGAAGUGCCCCAACUUUGGGCUUCUGAGCAACCACACAGAGAGGGAGCGCUGCAGCCACGUCCCCCUGGACGCCAUCGCCUCCGACGGCCUGGAGCGGGCAGUGGCCUUCAGAGGUAACUACUUCCUGCGUGAGGAUGAGACCCACCGGGACGGCUGGCACGCCUCCCUGGUGUCCGAGGCCUUCAAGGAGGUGCAGAGCGACGCCGAGGCCGUGUUCUCCCACGCUCGCCUGCUCUACAUCGUCAAGGACAACAAGGUGUUUGCCUAUAAGUCUGGGGAGCAGUACCAACUCGUAGAGGGGUACCCCAAAACCCUGCAGGAGGAGCUGGGCAUGGAAGGACCACUGGACGCUACGUUUGUCUGUGGAGAUUACUCUAUCCUGCACGUCAUCAAAGGUCAGCAGAUGUUCGAUAUUGAGCUCAGUGUCAGCCCCAGAGCUGUGGUCCACGAAGCCAGGCUUCCUUUCCCUAAGGUGGACGGGGCCAUGUGUGGCCCCAACGGCAUCAGGGUUUUCGUAGGAGCAGAGUAUUUUGAGUACAAAACCCCCAAGCUGUUGGCCUAUAGCCGAAUGCGACCACAGGCCCACAAGAUAACCCUAGAGAUGUUUGGCUGCGACCACUAGGGGGAGUAAUUUCCCACCAGUAUGGGACUGAUUUACAUGAGUAUACAGAAGGUUAAGUAGGUCGGUUAAGUAUAGCAGAAAAUGUUGACAUAUCAAGAUCACAGAAUGCUUGCUAAGUAUGCCACACUGAAACUGGGCCAGCUGUCACUAGUUAAAUAAGACGGAGCGAGAGAAGGUCACCCUUCACUUCUACACAGCAGUCUGCUUGUACCUGAUGACUACUUAAACAUUUUGAAUGAUCUUUUACUUGAAUAACAUUUGAAGAAAAAUAAAUACAACUUUGAACCUC